AUGGACGCAUAUCACGCAGUUGUUAUAGUGGUUGACCUCUCGGGCGGAAUAGGGGUUGACGACGCUGCCGGAAUUGCGACAGCUGUGCUAUUUCCAUUUGUGAUGACUACUGCUACGGUUACCUUAGUUGCUUACGGUCAACCUGAAGUAUUUAUCAGAUCAGCAAAAUAUUCUCCUGGAAGAGGGCGUAAUUACGAAUUUUGGAGAGCGAGAAUAGCCGAACUUAAAACAUAUAAUGUUGGAAAGAAUUAUAAUUUAUUUAAAGCUCUCAGCUCUACGCAAGGCUAUUAUGAGGAUGCACCCGAUCACAGAAGAAUGCUGAUUUUGAUUAUUACAGGCAAACACCAGGAUGAUGACAAGUUGAAAGAAAAAAUCGAGGAGGUAUGA